UCCCGUAUGUUUAAAUACUCUAGAUUAUCUUUUUUCUUAGAUACACCUACACCCUCUAAAGAAUCAUUCUUUCUUUUCACCUCUAUAAAAAAAAUCAUUUGCUCCACCCUUCAAAAAAAUCGUUUCACAUUUAAUUUUGACGAGGCAGUUUCCUUGUUUCUCAACUCAAACGUACGCUUGCGACGAAAGGGAGAGGAGAACAAGAAAGCGAAGUCCAGCCAAGGCGACAACGUCGACGCAGCGCAAGCUGUGCGCAAUAAUAGCUAGCCACCACCGGACGGAACCGCCGAAUUAGGUGCACGCCUUCCUCAUCCUUCUCCCCUUUCCAAUCCCCAAAUCGAUCACCCGCACCAGAAAAUCGCCUCCCGACGGCGGAUUUGGCGGCUGCCAAUAGUCCCGUGACAGCCGAUCCUGUUGCCGCGUGUCCGUCCUGGCGGUUGCAUGUAUGCGGGAGGGGAGAGCGAAUGGGGGGGCCGACGGAGAGGAGGGAGGCGGCGCUGAUGCCGCCGCUCCCGUGGGGGCGUUUCGGCCGCGGAGGCAGCCGAAGUCCGACCCGUCCUCCUCCUGCUCGGCUGCGUCGUCUUCGUCCGGUGGAGGAGACGCGGAGGAGAAGAAGAAGCAGGGGAGGCGCAAGAGCAAGGAGAAGCGGGGCGAGGUCGUGAGGGCGAUCCGCGACAGGCUGCCUGCCGCGCCGUCUUGCUGGGGCAGCGCCUCGGUGGUUCAGGGGAGGAGGAACCGGAGGGAGAGGCCCGGCGGUGUCGGCCGCGGCCGCGACGCCGUCGAGGAGGAGAACGGCUCUGGCGCUGGCGCAGGAACCGCCGCGUCGUCGCCAUCGUGGUGCUGCGUCUGCCCCGACGGGGACUGCUCGAUGGAGGCCAACCCGAGCGCCAACGGCAAGGAGGACCCCGCGAUCCGGUCCCUCAUCGAGCUCAACGACUUCUACUCCGACGACUGCAACCCGCACGCCCCCGCCGCCGCCGCUAUUGUAGAAAGCCCUGCCGCCGAUUUUGAUUAGGUGCCGUCAGUCUGUCAGUACUGCACAGGAAUACUGUACACACACAAAAAUUACACAGAAAUUUCUUUUUCCCUUGGAGUUGGAGAGGCAUCCAGGUUAGUUCUUAAAUCCAGUCUUCUUUCCGUGCUUGCGUGCCAUCUGUAUGUAUGAGCGACAGAGCGAGAAUGAAACGAUGGGCAAUGCCGCCAUGGCUUGCUUGUUUCCUGUGGGUCCGUUGGAUUGACCCCGUGAACGCCUCAGCUUUUGCCUAU